AUGUCUGGAAUUAGCAAGGCCUGCUGCUCCAUCCCCCCUGUAGUGUCCAAGGGAUACCAGGCCAAGGGCGCCUACCAGACCAUCAAUGGCCUGAAGACAUACGUGACCGGUCCCGAGACCGCUACAAAGGCCAUUCUCGUCGUAUACGACAUCUUCGGCUUCUUCGACCAGACCAUCCAGGGUGCCGAUAUCCUGGCCACCUCAAGCGAGGAGAAGUACCGCGUGUUUAUGCCCGACUUCUUCGAGGGCAAGCCCGCCGAUAUCUCCUGGUACCCGCCUACCACCGAUGAGCACAAGAAGCUUCUCGGCAACUUUUUCCAAAACGUGGCCGCCCCCCCUCUCCACCUUCCCAAGAUUCCUGAGAUCGUGUCCGAGGCCAACAAGCUCGCCCCCAAUGACGGAUUUGACUGGUCUAUCCUUGGCUUCUGCUGGGGUGGUAAGAUCGCCGCUUUGUCCGUCGCUGGCGACAACAAGAUCUUCAAGUCCGCCGCUCAGUGCCACCCCGCUAUGGUCGACCCCAACGAUGCGAAGACCAUCAAGGUUCCCUUCGCUAUGCUCGCUUCCAAGGACGAGCCCGCAAGUGAUGUUGAGGCUUUCAAGGCUAACCUGGUCGUCCCUAACCACGUUGAGACCUUCUCAACCCAAAUCCACGGUUGGAUGGCUGCCCGCUCCAACUUGGAGGACCCUGAGGUUAAGAGCGAGUACGAGCGUGGCUACAAGACCCUGCUGCAGUUCUUCGCCGCGAACGCGUAA